CCAUUAUGCUUACAGCUAAGUAUAAUUCCUCCUCCUGUACUCGAGGUGCGGCCACACCUCGAGUGCUGUGUUCAGUUCUGGGCCCCUCAAUUCAGAAAAGACAUUGAGAUGCUGGAGCAAGUCCAGAGAAAGGCAGUGGAGCUGCUGAAGGGUCUGGAGUACAAGUCCAAUGAGGAGUGACUGAGGGAGCUGGGGUUGUUUAGUCUGGAGAAAAGAAGGCUCAGGGGGAACCUUAUCAUUCUCUACAACUGCGUAGAAAGGAGGCUGUAGCCAGGUGAGGGUUGGCCUCUUCUCUGAGGUAGCCAGUGACAGGGCAAGAGGACACGCCCUUACACUGUGUCAGCGGAUGUUUAGGUUGGACAUUAGGAAGAAUUUCUUCAUAGAAAGGGUGAUUAGACGCUGGAAUGCACUGUCCAGGGAGGUGGUGGAGUCACCAUGCAUCGAGGUGUUUAAAGAAAGCCUGGAGGUGCCACUCAGUGCCAUGCUCUGGUUGACAAGUCGUGGACAGUCGUCCCUGAUUUUACACAUCAUGCCCACACCGCCUCAUUGUCAGCAGUAGCAGUGAAUAACAGAUAUGUGGUCACUGGAAGCAGAGAUGAGACAAUCCAAAUCUAUGACAUGAAAAAGAAGAUUGAGCAUGGGGCGCUGCUACAGCACAAUGGCACGGUAACUUGUUUGGAGUUCUAUGGGACUACACAUCUACUGAGUGGGGCUGAAGAUGGACUCAUUUGUGUUUGGAACACAAAGAGAUGGGAAUGUCUGAAAUCCAUUAAGGCACAUAAGGGACACGUGACAUCUCUUUCUAUUCAUCCUUCUGGGAAAUUAGCUUUGUCAGUUGGAACUGAUAAAACAUUAAGAACUUGGAAUCUUGUUGAAGGACGAUCAGCCUUCAUCAAAAACCUGAAGCAAAAUGCACACAUAAUUAAAUGGUCCCCUGAUGGAGAGAAGUAUGUGACCGUGAUAACAAACAAAGUGGAUAUCUACAGACUUGACACAGCUUCAAUCACUGGCACCAUUACAACAGAGAAGAGGAUUUCUUCACUUAGAUUUAUUACAGAUUCUGUCCUUGCCAUAGCGGGAGGUGAUGAAAUGAUUAGGUUCUACAGCUGUGACUCUCAAAAAUGCCUGUGUGAAUUUAAAGCUCAUGAAAACAGAAUAAAAGAUAUUUAUAGUUUUGAAAGAGAAGGACAGCAUGUCAUUGUUACUGCAUCCAGUGACGGUUACAUUAAAAUGUGGAAUCUGGAUCUUGAUAAGAUUAGAGAUGGGCCAUCUUUACUGUGUGAAGUCAAUACCAAAGCUAGGCUGACGUGUCUUGCAGUAUGGCUUGACCAAGCUUCAGAAAAGAAAGAAAACUCUGAUAAAACUGCAACACCAUCUCAAGAAACAGAAGAUGAAAAAUCAUCAAUAGCCAGGAUAAACAAAGAUUUUUGGACUACUAAAAGGGUUAAAAUAGCAAAAAGAAAAAGAAAAAUUAUUCCAGAUAAACAAAAGCUGGAAGCUCCAGUGCAAAAGAAGAAAAAGAAAAAGACACAGAAUAGUUCGGCAUGAAGGCAGCUAUUUUCUCUCCUGUAUAAAAACUCAUGGACACAGUCAUCACCAUUGCAGAAGCAGGUUUGCAGAAGCACUAGGGAAAAAAUCCAGUCUGCAUGUAACUUUAAGAUUAAAAAGCAAAAUUUCCACAGAAUUUGGAUUCUAAAGUUUGGACUUA